UUAGGGAGGAAACUGGAACAAACAAAAACAAUGAUGAUGGAGAAAAUUCGGGAGUAUCUGCAACUCAGCGAAGACGUUGACGACGGCGGCGAGGCACCGCGAGUGGAGGGAUUAGUGAGAGGAAGAAGCUUCUAUGAGGAUUUCAGCCUCAGAGGAAUCCGAGUCAACCGAGUCGUCCCGGGUUUCAUUUCCUGCACUUUCAAGGUUCCUCUUCGUUUAACGAACAGAGACGGGGAAUUAGUAAAUGGAGCGAUUGCAAAUCUUGUGGAUGAGGUUGGUGGAGCAGUUGUACAUGAAGAAGGUUUACCUAUGAAUGUCUCAGUGGACAUGUCUAUUGCUUUCCUUUCAAAAGCUAAGCUUGGUGAGGAGUUGGAGAUAACAUCGAGAGUGAUGGGAGAGAGAGGAGGUUAUAAAGGAACAAUCGUUGUAGUGAGGAACCAGAAGACCGGAGAGAUUAUAGCGGAAGGUCGACAUUCUUUGUUUGGUAGACAAGCUAGCAAGCUCUGAGUCCGAAUCUUUUGGUUUUGUAAAAUAUGAUCUUAAAGUUGUUUAGGUAAAUUUGUCAAGUCGUUACCUCCUUUCUGGUUGUGAAACUAAAACCUUUGUAUUAAGCUGGUCACAAUUACUUGGUACUCGUCCCGUACUUACUUAUCCUGUAAAACCAAGUACUUGAUCAAGUGGAGUAUCAAGUAUUUUAAGA